AAGACACACAAAACACGAGGAAGAGGAGAGAAAAAAACCCAAAAAAAAGCAUUAACAAAGCCAAGCAAAGCAAGUGGUAGGCCAAAAAAUUGGAGGAAAAAAUAAUAGAAUAACAAUAAGCUUCAAUAAAGCUGUAGAAAUACCACCUGUAAAAGCAACACGACAGCAACAAUGGCUUUCUCUUCCAAUCUCAGGUGUUCCACCUCCGUCACUCCAAACUCUCUUUCCGCUCUCUCUUCCCUAAACAAGUUCUCUGUUUCUUCAAUCCCUUUGAUCAACGGUUACAGUCCCAGUACCUGUUCAAGUCCAGGCCGUUUUAGACUCCAAACAUCCAGAAGAUGCAGACCCAUCUCGGUUCAAUCCAUGGCUUCCUCGUUUGGGUCUCGGCUCGAAGAAAGCGUUAAGAAGACUGUUGCUGAGAACCCAGUUGUCGUCUACUCCAAAACAUGGUGUUCUUAUUCCUCUGAGGUAAAAACGUUGCUCAAAAGGCUUGAUGUGGAACCGUUGGUCAUCGAAUUGGACGAGCUGGGUCCCCAAGGGCCACAAAUACAGAAGGUGCUGGAGAGGCUUACUGGACAACAUACUGUACCAAAUGUUUUUAUUGGUGGCAAACACAUUGGUGGUUGUACAGGCAUAAUACGAAAGCAAUCACAAUCCCAAACCUCUACCGUUAAGUAUGGACCUGACAUGGAAAUAUACUUUGAAGCUAUACCGGAAAGGAGAACUUGUACCCCUGAUGUCAGAAGCCAGUGCUAAGAAUACAAGAAGUUAGUUUUAGUAUCACAUAAAGGAUCAGUCCCUUGCAACCUUUGGUUUCAUUGCAAAAUAUGCAUCUGUACGAGUAUCAUGCUUUAUGGAGUGAAUAUACUGUGAACCUUAUUUGCUAAUUCAUUUUUCUUUAAAACAUCCAAAUGUAGUACUAAUAAAGGAUUUAUUAAGCUAAACAGGUGCAGCAGUGGUAUCUUAGUUUAAUGAGAAAUUUUUCAUGCGGCUAGCCUCGGCCCUUGUCCUGGCUUUAUCAAUA